UAAGGAGGUGGAAUAAGAAUAAUAUCAGCUUUUUGGAGAAGAAACCAAAGCUAACCAAGAAAAAAAAUAAAAAUUCGAAACCCUAAAACUUCCAUUAGACUUAGGGAAGGGACCUUUUUAAUAAGCCUUGCUAAUGUCCGGCAUGACAAAGAAGAGAAAACUUGAAGAUGAAUCUAGCGAUGCGGCUGAACCGUCUCAGAAGCUGAAGCAGACGACUGAGGAGGGUGAGGAGCAGGAGCAGCUUCAGCUUGUAAUUAAAAAAGAAGAUAAUCAAGCUGAGGUCGAAGAAGUUGAAUACGAGGAAGUAGAGGAAGAGCACGAAGAAGAAGUUGAAGAUGAUGAUGAUAAGAAUAAUCAGAUGGAGGUGGCGGCGACGACGUCUGGAUCUGGGAAUCAAAAUGAUGAUAACGACGAUGAGCCGAUUCAAGAUCUGUUGGAACCAUUUUCGAAAGAACAGCUUUUGAGUCUUCUUAAAGAAGCGGCGGAUAAGCAUGUUGGUGUAGCGAAUCGAAUCAGGGAAGUAGCUGAUGAGGAUCCUGUUCAUCGGAAGAUCUUUGUUCACGGUCUUGGUUGGGAUACCAAAACUGAGACGCUUAUCGAAGCUUUUAAACAGUACGGUGAGAUUGAAGACUGCAAGGCUGUAUUCGAUAAGGUCUCUGGGAAAUCUAAAGGUUAUGGCUUUAUCCUCUACAAGUCUCGUUCAGGUGCUCGCAACGCACUUAAACAGCCUCAGAAGAAGAUUGGUAGUCGUAUGACGGCAUGUCAGUUGGCUUCUAAAGGACCUGUCUUUGGUGGAGCUCCUAUAGCUGCUGCAGCUGUCUCAGCGCCUGCUCAGCAUUCGAACUCAGAGCACACGCAGAAGAAGAUUUAUGUUAGUAAUGUUGGAGCAGAGCUUGAUCCACAUAAACUGCUUGCGUUUUUCUCAAAGUUUGGAGAGAUUGAAGAAGGUCCUUUGGGUCUUGAUAAGUUUACUGGGAGACCUAAAGGUUUCUGCCUCUUUGUUUACAAGUCUGCUGAAAGCGCCAAGAGGGCUUUGGAGGAGCCACACAAGACUUUUGAAGGCAGCGUCUUGCAUUGCCAGAAAGCAAUCGAUGGUCCCAAACCUGGAAAGCAGCAGCAGCAGCAUCACCAUAACCCACACAGCCACAACAAUCCGCGGUACCAAAGAAAUGAUAACAAUGGUUACGGUACGCCUGGAGGUCAUGGACAUCUUAUGGCUGGUAACCAAGCUGCAAUGGGUGGUCCAGCAGCGCAGAUGCUAAACCCGGCCAUUGGGCAGGCCUUGACAGCAAACUUGACAGCUUUGCUGGCAUCACAGGCUUAUAAUCCGGCAAUUGGACAAGCUUUUUUGGGGUCCUUGGGGGCAGCUACAGGCGUAAACCCAGUAAAUGGAGCUGGAAUGCCAACUGGUUAUGCUACUCAAGCUAUGGCACCAGGGACAAUUCCUGGGUACGGUACACCAACUGGUUUGCAAGGUGGCUAUCAGACUCCUCAACCUGGUCAAGGCGGUACAGGCAGAGGGCAACAUAGUGUCGGGCCAUACGGUGGUCCUUACAUGGGCCACUAGAUGUAUGAUGUAUCAUGUAUUCACUCAGGUAGUGUGACUGCCGGUUGAACAGCCAGCUUAAUAUAACUCACAAUUUUUUAUAGCAUAACAUACUCUAAUCUCAAUUUAUAUGGUUUCUAAAAUGACUCAAAACUUGUGGGAUUUUAAAAACUAGCAAGAGCUUUCAUUAGAGAUUUUUGUUUUUCAAUGUCAACUUUCAAAGUUUUUACAGUGACAUUUUUAAGUGAGCACUUUGUUUCCAAACUUAUUGGCCACUGAGUUACCAAGUUGUAGACUACUUAAACAGUCAAACUUAGCAGGAAGUGGUGCAAGCGUCUGAAAGUCACAGCUGAGGAAUGAUCUGUGUGAUAGGCAAUUACAGAAUACUUGAAAAGUGGAAGCUUUCAAGUCGACGACAACAGGUGAGUUUCCUGCAGUUGAGUCUUUUUGCAACCCGCAUCUGUUAAAGGGUAAGUUCAAAAGUCGUAAAAGAGUAUCUUCUAUGGCUACCCACAACGUGCUGUGGUAAGUAAUCAAAAGUGUUAAAAGUAUAUCCCUCAGCACGAAUCUCUUGCCUAUAUAUGUUCCUGCUUAAUUGUCAUAUCCCCUCCUUGGAGUGUUAAAAGUUGGUUUUGGUCUAGAAAGUAUGUGUAUCUUCAUGUCCUUGUGCGCAAGCUUUAGGGUUAAACAGAAAAUCACAUGACAAGGUGGUUGAUUAUAUUUCCUUGAUGUAUUUGAGGCGUGAAUGCAUAAAGUUUGUUGGUGAUCAUCACUUUGAUUUUUUUGGAGAUCUGCAGUUCCAAAGAUUUAGUUAUGAUGAAGAAGAGAAGGAGAGGCUGAAGUGGAAGUAGGAAGUAAGUAUUAGAGUUUUGCGUUUUUGAUCACAUGUCACAAUCUCUCAAUUGUUAUGUCAAGUUUCUUAGAAACCCAAACUGAGAUUGGAAAAUAAAAAGUAUAAAUAGAGGUUUCGAUUUUGCAGAACU